CACAUGCAUGCACACGCAUCACUGCAGACCACACGAGUAUCACUAAAGCAGCAGAAGAAAGUCCCUGAAGUGACCAGCACGAUGGAUGGACAACACAAAGACCGCAGAAUGACUCACUUGUGGAUAUUGACGUUCUUGAUAUCGGUCUAAUCUUUUCUUUGCACUGGAUAACGUUUUUUUUUUUUGUGGAGCUGGAUCUUCUACUACGGGAUUAUAUUUAUUAUUUUGGUGCGCAUUUUGGACUAAGCCAGUACACUUCUAAGGAUACGCACAUCAAGUUCUAAAGGAUGGCCGUUUGGUUCACAUCUAUCGUCGCAAUAGUUGUACCAUGUUUUACUCAGGUUUCCGGAUCAGGUGUGUUCGAGCUGGACUUGCAUCACUUUGACAAUUCCCAAGGUUUGCUGGCCAAUGGAAGGAGCUGCGGCAUGACAGGCUGCAGGACUUUCUUCACGCUUUGUUUGAAGAACUUUCAAACGGUGGUGUCUCCUGGAGGAUGUCUCUUUGGCAAAGCCCACACACCUGUUUGGGGCACAGACUCCUUCAGCAUGCAGGCCGACGCCAGGCUGCGUUUGCCCCUCAACUUCACCUGGCCGGGUGCUUUCUCUCUCAUUAUUGAAGCCUGGCAUUCAGAGACUACUCAGGAACCUGGAGACACCACCAACCCUGAAUUGUUGAUUGGCUCUUUUGCCAUCCAAAGACAGUUGGGAAUAGGGAAUGAGUGGUCCCAGGAAGUGCAGAGCGGGACGCAGACGGAGCUAAGGUACUCAUACCGCUUCAUCUGCAAUGACAAUUACUACGGGGACACUUGUUCCAAAAUAUGCGCCCCGAGAGACGACCUUUUUGGCCACUACACCUGCAAGCUUGAUGGGCAAAUAGCGUGUCUGCCAGGAUGGAAGGGACAAUACUGCCAAGAACCAAUCUGUCUUGAAGGAUGCAAGGAAAGUAAUGGGAACUGCACAUUACCUGGAGAAUGCAAAUGCAGAGAAGGCUGGCAGGGCGUUUUUUGUGAUGUGUGUAAACUCCAUCCAUCGUGUAAACAUGGUACCUGCACAGAACCGUGGCAGUGUGCCUGCAAAGAAGGCUGGGGGGGCAUAUUUUGUGACCAAGAUUUGAACUACUGCACUCAUCACAAGCCGUGCGCCAACGGAGCCACGUGCAUGAACACAGGCCAGGGCAGCUACACCUGUGCCUGCCUGCCGGGCUUCACCGGAGUCAACUGUGACUCGGAGGUCAAGGAGUGUGACAGACGGCCAUGUCGCAAUGGAGGCAACUGCUUAGAGACAGAGAAUGGCUACAGGUGUGAGUGCCCACAAGGUUUUGCUGGGACGCACUGUGAACAAAAGACGCUGACAUGCAUGGACACGCCCUGCUUGCUUGGCGGAAAGUGCAGGAAGACGGAAAAUGGUUAUAGUUACGUUUGCGAGUGUCCGGCAGGCUACACUGGACUCAACUGUGAGAAGAAAGUGGAUAAAUGCACUUCCCUGCAAUGCACCAAUGGUGGACACUGCGUGGUACGUGGUAACCUGCGCGUCUGCAGCUGUCGCGCCGGCUUUACAGGCCUGCGCUGCGAGGUGAACAUCAACGAGUGCGCCCUUAGCCCCUGCGCAAAUGGCUCCACCUGCGUAGACCGCAUCAACGACUACACCUGCAACUGCCCGCCGGGCUACACCGGACGCCACUGCGACAAGCCGACAGACCGCUGUGCUUCGUGGACCUGCCACAAUGGCGGCACCUGCACCGUCGGCACUAAAGCCCAGCCUUCCUGCGUCUGCCUCGCCCACUACAGUGGCCCCCAAUGCCUGUCCAUGCACGUGCCUUCUUCUAUCAGCCCCAACACAGCCUGGGAGUCCAGUGAGAAGCUCAACUGGGUGGCCGUCAGCUUAGGCGUAGGUCUGGUGGUGGCUCUGGUGCUUUCCUGCAUGGUUUUGGUGGUCAUGCAUAAAAUGAAGAAGCAGAGGAGCAAACAGCAGGCCUCUGAGACCAUGAACAACCUCUCCAAGGCGGACUUCCAGAAAGAGAACCUUAUAUCCACGCUGGAUCUCAAGAACACCAACAAGAAGAUGGAUUUGGAGGUGGACAACCCCAGCGAGAAGUUGAACCACAAACACAUCAAUCACUUCCACAUGGACUACAAAUCCUCUACGAGGUACAAAGAUGAACAAUCCCUCUUGGACAAAGAGGAAAACUGUGAAAAGAUGAUUGAAGAUACAAAGCAUCUGAGUAGAAUGUACAGUGAAAGGCCAGAAUGCAGAAUAUCAACAAUAUGUUCUUCCAGAGAGUCAAUGUACCAAUCUGUCUUUGUGAUGGCAGACGAGAAACAUGAUUGCAUCAUUGCAACUGAGGUGUAAUAAAUGGAAGACAUGACCACCAUUUCUUGUAGUGGACUGUUUACAAGCGUGGAGAGACUGGGAUUUAUUUAAAUGCAAAGUUGCUGCUCUUAAAAACUUGAUAACUGGACGGAGCCCGAGCGCUCAUCGAAUGCAAUAGAACUAAAUCUCCAGAAGAAUGUAAAGACGCUGGGACAGGCCGAUGCACAUCCGGACAUUUGUUAUGAUUGGAAUCCAUUUUUAUCUAGAUUCAUCUAAGGACAUUAGGCCCAGAGACUCAUGUGAGGACAAGGUUGAUCCCCUUUGGCAUAUUGAUACACAUCCAAGUGCUUGUGACGAGCCUGCAAAACAAGUCAGCUUUUGCGGUUUCUUUAAUGGCCUGUGAUGCAGACAAAACAAAACACUGGAGAACCUGCUGAAAAUGGUUAUUUGUUGGUUGUCACAGAACGUCCAGAUCGCAAAGCCUUAGAUUACAUUCAAGCAAACCCCCUGCCUUAUCUUAUCUUGAUUCCUUUGCACAGAAGAAAAAAAGACGCAAAGCGAUGCAACUCUGUAAUCACGUGCAGGGAAACUCAUGAUGAGGCCUUGUUAACGUUUUAAUCUAAUGCAAAAAUCAUACUUAAGACAAAUACGUGACUAUUGUACCAAGGACGCCUUCAAUGGAAAUUACUGAACCAAUAAUGUAAUGUUAGUAUUUCACUAAUUAUUUAAGAAUAAGACGCACUGAUCUGUUUUAUAUAUACAUAUAUAUUUACAGUAUAUACAUAAGAUUAUUUUGUACAUAGUGUAUAUUUAUAUGUUGAAUUUAGAAGUAUGUUUGAUAAGUUGAUGCACCAAAAGUGUGAAUUUAUUUUUUAAGUGUUUUUUUGUUGUUGUUUGUUUUGUUGUUGUUUAUUAUUACUGUUGCUGUUAUGAUAUAGAUAUAUAGGGAAAUAACCCCUGAAUACAUAUGUGGUACACUGUUUAUUUGUUGGUCAAAUAGGGAUUUGUGAUUAGAUGAUCUAGAACAGGUGUUUCCAGAGUCAGCAGACUUCAGGGGAAGUGUAGCAAUUUUGAGAAAAAUAAAGUCAUUUACAUUUUCGACAGUGACAGAGUAAAAAGGGAGUCUGAGGUGACCACAAAAUAUGCCCAGAAAAUCAGAUUUUUGGAGGUGUAGGAAAGGCCCUGACAUAUUGAUAUUAUUUGAGGCGAGGAGCAGUGAGCCACGCUUUGAAAACUCCUGAUCCAGAGUCUAUUUGGUAGCAUUUCUAUGGGUUCCAUUUCUGUGUUUUCACGACAUCUCUGUGAGCGUGAUGUGAAAUCAGUGUGCUAGCAAUCAUCAUUCAGUGGACUCCACAGUAAUUGGCAGCAUUGUAAAGAUUUACUCAAUCACUUAUGAAUAUAAAUAUAUAUAGAUAUAUAAUUGUUUUUCUAAUCUGUAUGCAGAAAUAAAUAAUCAUGUGGUCUUUCAAAGUGAUUUGAAUUUACUCAAAAAUUGCACGCACCGUCGCAGACUUGAAUACAGGACUAAAACGCUGAUUAAGGGUAAGUUACGGGUGUGAACAUGAUAAUUGGAAAUCUGAUGUGCACCAAGCACGUCAACUGAGACCUCUUGAGAGGAUGGGUCUUAGUCCGCUUGCACGUGAGCUCUGGUUUAACUUGAGCUGAACUGUGAACACUACAUGGACCAGUGUUAUAAAGAUGGCAAAAGCUUGCAGAUACUACGAAAUUUGGAAUGGGCACAAUUGUUUUAAGUACGGGGGUGUGGCUUUAAAGGAUUUGAUACAUGUU